CUUUAACCGAGUCACAACAAACCCGACCACCGACGAGAGAGGACGUGUCUCUUCCCUUCCUCAUCAAAUUACCUUCAUAAUCACCCAAUUACCGUGAAUUAAGUGAACGUUAACGAUGUCUACGGUGGUAAUGAAGACAGUUAAGGGAGGUAGAGCCGUGUGUGUAGCUGUUAAUGGCACUGUAAGAUAUAAACAUACCCUUGAACAACAACAACAGCAACAACAGAAGAAGCUGCAUCACCAAGUCAGCGGCACAACGACAACUGCAGCUGCUUUUAUUUCGAUGCCGGCCAAUGUUGAGGAGCUGAGUGCAUCACAUAAGGCUCGCUUCUCUCCUCGACGAACCAGGGACGUCUCCUCAAAGCUGACCCAAGUGGGAUCCCUCUUUGGGUCAGGGUUCAUGUCAGGUCAAGGGACACAGGGCGGAACCUUUAACAGUGGGACUCAGCCGAUCGAUUCCCACAUUGAUGUUUAUGAUUCUCGCAUCACUGUCUCUCUCUCCUCGGUGAUGCAGACUAAUGUGCCCAAACCUUACGAGAUCUCCGCAGGCUCCAGUGCACCUCAACAUGCCCGGAGGCCAGUGGGCGCAGGACGACAAGUACAUCUCCGCCGACCUCCACGACCACCACCCCAUGACCGUCUCCUCCGGGAAGAAACCAGCGGAGUAGAUAUGACGGGAAUAAUCAAGGCCCUGGGCAUCAACGUGGGAAUGGUGACGGAGGAAGGAGCUGCUUCUGGGGUCGGAGAUGUCUCCGGACGGUGGUCGUCCGGUGGAGCGAUUAGCGACUGUCGUGGCGAUCGUCCAGACUACUGA